GGUGGGGCCACAGCGCAGGGCGGGAUGGGGUUUGGCCGUAAGGGUGGGUCACGGCCAGGAAAGUAGCACUUGUUCGUUGCUGCCCCAGAAGGCUGGAAGCCGAGGACCCGAGAGCGGGCAUGGCGACUUGGUCUCAGGCGGACUCUGGUUUCUCUGGAAACCCCCCUGGUAAGUGUGGAGGAGGCGGGACACUCUGACCCAAGACAAAAGGCCGGUACCUCCAGCCAAAGAAAAUAAACCUUAGGAGAGAGAAGGAAAAACAAAACAAAACAAAACAAAAACCCAUCGGCUGUUCCAGAGAACAGCCUGCAGUGGAAUCAACAGCGAGGACGACUGACGUGAGUGGGGAAGUGACUGUAUGUGGACUGUGGAGAAAGUAAGUCACGUGGGCCCCGAGGGCCUGGACUGGGUGAGGAGCAGCCGUGCUUGCAGAGGUGAGGUGUCGCGAAGGGAGAAGUGAAUGUGGUCUGGAGUGUGGCCUUGGCUCCACGGGGUGUGCGUUCCUCCGAGGCCGUCAGGGAGCUCAGCCCCCGUGUUCCGCCGGGGCGGGGUACAGGGUUUGGCACCGAGGGGGGUAACUUGCUGGCUGGAGCAGCAGAACAGUGGCCUUGAUUUGUCUUUUGGAAGAUUUAAAAACCAAAAAGCAUAAACAUUGUGGUUCUUCAGCAAUGCUUUCUCUGAAGAAAUACUUAACGGAAGGACUCCUCCAGUUCACCAUUCUGCUGAGUUUGAUUGGGGUGCGGGUGGACGUGGAUACUUACCUGACCUCACAGCUCCCCCCGCUCCGGGAGAUCAUCCUGGGGCCCAGUUCCGCCUACACUCAGACCCAGUUCCACAACCUGAGGAACACCUUGGAUGGCUAUGGUAUCCACCCCAAGAGCAUAGACCUGGACAAUUACUUCACCGCCCGGCGGCUCCUCAGUCAGGUGAGGGCCUUGGACAGGUUCCAGGUGCCGACCACUGAGGUGAACGCCUGGCUGGUCCACCGGGACCCGGAGGGGUCUGUCUCUGGCAGCCAGCCCAGCUCAGGCCUUGCGCUCGAGAGUUCCAGUGGCCUCCAAGAUGUGACAGGCCCCGACAACGGGGUGCGAGAAAGCGAAUCGGAGCAGGGAUUCAGUGAAGAUUUGGAGGAUUUGGGGGCUGUAGCCCCUCCAGUCAGUGGAGACUUAACCAAAGAGGACAUAGAUCUGAUUGACAUCCUUUGGCGACAGGAUAUUGACCUGGGGGCUGGGCGUGAGGUUUUUGACUAUAGUCAUCGCCAGAAAGAGCAGGAUGUGGAUAAGGAACUGCAAGAUGGAGCGGAGCAGGAGGACACCUGGCCAGGCGAGGGCGCAGAAGUUCUGGCACGAAACCUGCUAGUGGAUGGAGAAACUGGGGAGAGCUUCCCUGCCCAGGUGCCUGGUGGGGAGGACCAGACAGCCCUGUCCCUGGAAGAGUGCCUUAGGCUGCUGGAGGCCACCUGCCCCUUUGGGGAGAAUGCUGAGUUUCCAGCAGACAUUUCCAGCUUAACAGAAGCAGUGCCUAGUGAGAGUGAGCCCCCAGGUCUUCAGAACAACCUCUUGUCUCCUCUCCUGACGGGGACAGAGUCACCGUUUGAUUUGGAACAGCAGUGGCAAGAUCUCAUGUCCAUCAUGGAAAUGCAGGCCAUGGAAGUCAACACAUCAACCAGUGAGAUCCUGUACAAUGCCCCUCCUGGAGACCCACUGAGCACCAACUACAGCCUUGCCCCCAACACUCCCAUCAAUCAGAAUGUCAGCCUGCAUCAGGCGUCUCUGGGAGGCUGCAGCCAGGACUUCCCGAUCUUCAGCCCCGAGGUGGAGAACCUGCCUGUGGCCAGCAGCUCCACUUUGCUCCCACUGGUCCCCAGUAAUUCCACCAGCCUCAACUCCACCUUUGGCUCUACCAACCUGGCAGGUCUCUUCUUUCCGCCCCAGCUCAAUGGCACAGCCAAUGACACCGUAGGCCCCGACCUGCCUGACCCACUUGGGGGUCUGUUAGAUGAAGCCAUGCUGGAUGAGAUCAGCCUGAUGGACCUGGCCAUAGAGGAAGGCUUUAACUCCGUGCAGGCCUCCCAGCUUGAAGAGGAAUUUGACUCUGACUCAGGCCUCUCCUUGGACUCCAGCCAUAGCCCUUCCUCUCUGAGCAGCUCUGAAGGCAGUUCUUCUUCCUCCUCUUCCUCUUCCUCCUCCUCCUCUGCUUCUUCCUCAGCCUCUUCCUCCUUUUCUGAGGAAGGUGCUGUCGGCUACAGCUCUGACUCUGAAACUCUGGAUCUGGAAGAGGCAGAGGGCGCUGUGGGCUACCAGCCUGAGUAUUCCAAGUUCUGCCGCAUGAGCUACCAGGAUCCGUCUCAGCUCUCCUGCCUGCCCUACUUGGAGCACGUGGGCCACAACCACACGUACAACAUGGCACCCAGUGCCCUUGACUCCGCUGACCUGCCACCACCCAGCACUCUCAAGAAGGGCAGCAAGGAGAAGCAGGCCGACUUCCUAGACAAGCAGAUGAGCCGGGACGAGCACCGAGCCCGAGCCAUGAAGAUCCCCUUCACCAAUGACAAGAUCAUCAACCUGCCUGUGGAGGAAUUCAAUGAGCUGCUGUCCAAAUACCAGCUCAGCGAAGCCCAGCUGAGCCUCAUCCGGGACAUCCGGCGCCGGGGCAAGAACAAGAUGGCAGCACAGAACUGCCGCAAGCGCAAGCUGGACACCAUCCUGAACCUGGAGCGGGAUGUGGAGGACCUGCAGCGCGAUAAAGCCCGACUGCUGCGGGAGAAGGUGGAGUUCCUCCGGUCCCUGCGGCAGAUGAAGCAGAAGGUCCAGAGCCUGUACCAGGAGGUGUUUGGGCGGCUGCGAGAUGAGAACGGGCGACCUUACUCACCCAGUCAGUAUGCUCUCCAGUAUGCCGGGGAUGGCAGUGUCCUCCUCAUUCCCCGCACCCUGGCUGACCAGCAGGCCCGGCGACAGGAGAGGAAGCCAAAGGACCGGAGAAAGUGAGCCUGGGGUGGAAGGGGGGUUGACGCUCACCAAGAUUGAAACUGGAGAAGGGCUGGGCCUGGACCUGGACCUACAGCAGGGGGACUUGAAUGCCUUCUUAUCCAAUAGAUCUUCUCAGAUGGGAUGACUGUCGGUCAGUGGAAGAGGCGGGCGCAGGUGCUGUCUGGCUCAGCUUCCCCCACUGGGGAGAGUGGAAAUAGCCAGACUGUUUGGGUGGACAGGGUCCUCACUCAUCCCCCUUUCAUUUGAGGGAAGGGGCAGGGUGGUGAUGGCAGUGAUGGAGGCUGACAAAGGGAAAGGAAGGGACUUGUGAAAGGAGACAAAGGUAGUAGAAAGUCUCAUUCUAGGAAGAGGAAGGAAAGAAACCAAAAAAAAAAAAAAAAAAAAAAUCAAAGCUUGAAGAAAAAAGUGCAGGUUAAGAUUGAAUCUGACCAGGAUUCCAGGCAGCAGGUUUUAGGUGGGACUAGGUCAUUGGUGUGAGUAAACCCCACUUCACCCCAGGGGAGGGGUGGAACAGACAGGGUGGGUUCUGGGAGGGGCUUUGUGAACUCUUUCUGCUCCCACACUUUGGCAUCCCUGAAGGGGAGGCUCUUCGAUAUCUCCUUGAAUGUUUCAGUGCUGGGGAGCCACUGGGACCCGAUACUAGCUAGCUUGGAGAAGGUUAGGGUUAAAGGGUGGGGCGAACAGGAGAGGAUCACAAGGCCCAGUGUUGCAGGAGCCCCAACACCAAGCAUGCCACUCACUGCCCUGCCACUCCAUCUCCCUUGGUGCCCAGUCACCCCUGAGCUGAGGCUCCCACAACUCCAUCAGAACCUGCAUGCAAAUGCUGUUCUCUUCCUGGCCCCUCACUAGCUGCCCAGAGCUCUUCCGCAGCUGGGGUGCUGGCAGUGCCCCCAGUGAUGGGCCUGCAGCCUCUUGGGGGCUGUUUUGAGGCAGGGGGACGAUGUGGAGAAGCCAGGCAGUAUUCAGCACAAUACUGAGGAGUGACCCCCUCAGGUCUCCCACCAACAACUGGGCUUGUCACUGGAAAAGACAAACUACAAAACCCAGCAACAACAAAACUAGUCCUCUUAGAGUUUCCUGCGCUUUUUUUUUUCCCCUAAGGGCUUUGAGCCCUGUUUCACUUAUAGGGUCUAGAAUGCUUGUGUUGAGUAACAAGGAGAUACCCCAAUAUUCAAAGCUGCUAAAUGUUCUCUUUGCCAUAAAGACUCCGUGUAACUGUGUGAACAUUUGGGAUUUUUCUCCUCCA